AUCAGUGUGUGUGUGUUCGAAUCGUUAGGAGGCACGCAGCCAUUACAAUACGCUGUAUUCAAACCGUACGCAACGCGAUUAGAGGAACUAGACUAUUACUGCCUCAUUUUCUUUGUUUAAAUUUCAGUUUUAUUAAACUAAAUUUGAACUUUAAAGACGGUACUUUUGUCUGUUUUUCAAACAGUCGUAUAUGUAAAUAUAGUCAGCGUUGCGUCGACGUGAGACGCUCCGCAUUCCCAGGCAUUAGACUCACAGGAGACACGCGCAUUCAGCCUUUUCCGUUUGUUUAGCGCAUUCAUUUGAACGCCUGCAUUUCGUUAACCAAGAAGAUUCAGAUUUAAGAGACUCGCUUCGAUUUAGAUGGCAAGCUUCCCAGAUUUUGUCAACGAAAAUGAAAUAGGUAAAGCUAAGUUCAUCGGGGAACUCAUACCUCCUGUUGCUCCCUUUGACCAGAAGUCUGGACGGGAGACUUGGACUGUAGCUUUUGCACCUGAUGGUUCCUACUUCGCUUGGUCUCAAGGGCAUCGAAUUGUGAGACUUGUACCAUGGAAAAAAUGCUUAGCCAGCUUUUCUGUAAGAAAGGAAGAUCAGUCAAGCGGUGCAGGUCCUCGACGACUGUCCCGGCAGAACAGUGAGGGCAGUCUGCUGCCAGGCGAGCCUAGAGAGCACACCAUCGACUGCGGUGACAUCGUUUGGGGCCUGGCCUUUGGCUCUUCUGUUCCUGAAAAACAGAGUCGCUGCGUUAAUAUCGAAUGGCACAGGUUCAAGUUCGGCCAGGACCAGCUGCUGCUGGCCACGGGCCUCAACAACGGCCGCAUCAAAAUCUGGGACGUCUAUACAGGAAAACUUUUGCUGAACCUGAUGGACCACACAGACAUUGUGCGAGACCUAACGUUUGCCCCAGAUGGGAGUUUAGUGCUGGUUUCUGCCUCAAGAGACAAGACUCUACGCGUAUGGGACCUCAAAGAUGACGGUAACAUGGUGAAAGUACUCCGUGGCCAUCAAAACUGGGUCUACUGCAGCGCGUUCUCACCGGAUUCAUCAGUCCUUUGUUCCGUAGGCGCAGGCAAAGCGAUCUUCCUGUGGGACAUGGAUAAGUACACUCUGAUCCGUAAGCUGGAGGGCCAUCAUAACGACGUGGUGUCCUGCGAGUUUUCUCCUGACGGGGCCUUGCUGGCCACAGCGUCCUACGACACCCGUGUCAUCAUGUGGGACCCUCAUACAGCCACCGUUCUGCUCGAGCUGGGGCAUCUCUUCCCUCCUCCCUCACCCAUAUUUGCAGGAGGAGCAAAUGAUCGAUGGGUUCGCUCUGUCGCCUUUUGUCAUGACGGUCGGCACAUUGCCAGCGUCACUGAUGACAGACUGGUGCGUUUCUGGAGCAUCGAUAAGAAGAGUCCUCAAGCCAUCGCCCCUCUCACUAACGGCCUCUGUUGUGCCUUUUCUACUGACGGAAGUGUCUUAGUUGCUGGGUCUCGUGACGGCAGCGUGCAUUUCUGGGCUUCUCCACGCAGCAUUGCGAGCCUCCAGCACUUGUGCCGCUUGACCCUGCGGCGAGUCAUGCCCACCCAGCAGGUUUAUACGCUGCCCAUUCCUUUCUCCAUGCACGACUACCUGGCAUACAAGACGCUUUAAGUUGGAACGCAAAACACGGCACUCUGUGAAACCAAUGAAAUGUGUGGUUUUUGUUUGUUUUUUUCUUUAAAAAAAUAAAAAAUGUUUUUUCUGCUCAAACCGACUCCUAAUGAAGGUGAGGUUGGUUCUUUUUGUAUUUAUUUA